UAUAUCGCUAUCACUUCAUUGGUUCCACCACCUGAAUGUUAAGUAGCUCCUAAGGUGGGAGGAUUGAUAAGCACAACAGUGGCGCAUUUUCAAGUAAUUGCGCGAAAAAAUCUAGUACGCAUCAAACGCUGCAAUUAAUUUCCCAGGAUUUUUCCCCAAACACCCUCUUGACCUGCUUGAUUAACCGCCAAACCGGAUUAAAUCCUUAACAAGGUUUCUCUUCCUUUGACUUACCCAGAUGAUGCUUCCAAAGCAAUGCAGCUUCGAAGCAAAGCGCCAGUGGGGUGGACGAAGUCCAACAAAACAAGUUGCACUUUUUACAGCAAAAUACAUCAAAUUACUGUUGUAACAACCUGAAUUUGUCAGGGUCUUUUCCGAAAACAACCAGUCGAAAUAAGAAAACACUCCCCAUAGCCCGAGCUGGCUGAACAGCAAUUUUCAAUUAAACAAGUCGAAAUUACAAGCAAACAAACCGGCAUUAAACGAACGCCCCUGAGCGAAUCUCCAGAUCUAUUUUACCUGGCUUCAGCUCCAGAAGAAUCUAUAUAAGGGCUUGCGGAGACCGACUGGGCACUUUUGCCCUCGAAAUGUUGCAAAAAGUCGUGCUGGUGAGUCUGCUGGUCUGUUGCCAACACGCUACAGCCUACAAGAAGUUGGAUUUUAAACUCAUCACUGCCGUAAGGCAUGGUUUGGACCGUUCCCUGGACUAUAUAAAUGAUAAUGUGUAUCGCGUUAAUGUGGACUGUGUGCUUGGGGUCGCAUUUGUAAGAGGUUUCAUGAGAGCCGCAUUCAAAAAUGGGACGCACAUUAUGGACAAUAGCUCUGAACGAUUGCUCGACAAAUGUGAGGACAUUAUCGCGAAAUCCAAGUGGAGAUUCUGGGACGAUUUCCAGAAUGGGCGCAAUUGGAGUAAGUUCGAACUGUUGCGAUUAAAUAAUAUACGGAAAGUCUCUUCCUUAGAGUUUAAACACCUCGUCGAAGCCGACAUCUGGUCAAAACCGAUGAGCUUUGAAAAGCGACUAAUUUUGUUGCCGUCCUGGUCGCCCAACUCGGGCCCCCUUGUAAGCCCGAACUCUGACAAGUGCUUGCAAGAGAUAAUCAACUCAUCCAGUUCUUUGCAAGACGUUUCCGCUCCAUGUGCAGUUUCCACCGAUUGUUGGAACUUGUUCUUCCGCAACGGCGCUGGCAGUGGCUACUAUUUGACUCACAAAUUGCUUCUACUCCAAAUCGCCAGGGCGCGAAACUGUUGGCUCAGUCCAGCAACGUUCCAGAGGCAAACGCGCGAAAUUUGCUCCGCCAUAAUGUCUGAAAUAAUCAACGCCAACUCCAACGCGAGCAUCGAAGAAAUGUUUGAUCUGUUCUUGGAGCAAGUUCUCCUCUGCGGCUACGAGGGAUUCAGCGAGUUCAUUCAGAACGACUGGCUGUUUCACAUCCUCAAAUCGCAACGUUUCUCUGGCUGCUUCGUCGACCACCUCACCGACGAGCUGAAAUCGCGAAUCAAAAGAGACGUGAAUUACUUCGAGGAUGGCUGCAAUGACCACACCACCGGCCUGGGUGCGGCUGUUUUAGGCCUAUAUUACGUCUACAUUGUAAAUGAAUAACUUACCGCUCAUCAAGGAUUUAGAAAAUAUACUCAAAGACCGUAACGGAGGAGUUGCGACAGUUUUUUCACCUAAUCAAACCAGCAGGUCAUGCAUUUCCUUUGCCCAUCUCCAUGGAUAUACAGCUUGAGUGAAGUGAAGGACAUGAAGCUCAUUUUCCCGGUAAUACUCUACACUCUCACAGUCCCCAAAUUAGUGAAACCGACCAUCGAUCUAAAUGCAGCCGAACUGCAGUAUCUGGCCGAUCACUUGACGCCGGAAGAGUGCAGAAGACUGGUGGCAGCGGCUCAUUUUCACAGCUAUGACGAACCGAACGCUUUGGACCAAGCUGAGCGCAAAGUGCCAAAGGAUAUUUCCUGCAUCGAACACCUGCACCACUGGAAUUCGCAGUCGGGGGAGGGCAAAGGCCAAUCUCACGAAGCGUUGGAGCACCGGCUACGCCAAAUGGGCAAAAUCCGGCUGGCGGACUGGCUGGGGAGGACGGUUUUCCAUCAGUUGGGCGCUGACUUGAAGGAGAGCAUUGAAGAGGGAUUAACGGAUCUGGCAUCGGAUAUUGAAAGUUCAGAACUGCCGGCUGUAACAAUCGAACCACUCGUUCCCAAAAUCGAGAACCCCCGCACUUACAACGCAUUAGAUUACUUCUUGUACUCGCUUGCCGUGAUGUUAACUUUAACAGCGUUUGGGCUUUGCCUUACACUGACUUGGGAGCGGAUUAGAGGGAAAAUCAGGAAAAGGAAUCUUCGCAAAUAUAAAGCGUAUGAUUUUGUGGAAUCCGAUAGUUCUGGUUCAGAAUAUGAGGAAGAUAAAUUCGACGUCAGAACAUUUACGUCUAGUUCGCACAUCACUAGAUAGAAAGUCGCGGUAGGAUAGGCAGUAAGUGAAACAAUUUGUCCUAAAAAUAUUGUAUUAAAACGUCAUUGAUUCA